UUGAAUAGUUGAAUGGCGCUUUUCAACGGUUUAAGUGCGGUAAUUUGCGACGCUAAGUUGCGCUUGAGAAGUGCUUGAAAAGAAAGUGAAAAUAAACACGUCGAGAUACUCAUUUAGAAGUAUUAAUAAAAACAAAGAUAAGCGCGAAAAUUGUAUAAGCAAGGCAAAGAAAAUAAAUAUAAAAUAUUCAUGUACUCAAAUAAAAAAAAAAGUUGAAAAAUUUUGAAGUACGCAUUUACAACAAAAAGGGAAUGCCAAGAAUAAUAAAUAAAUAAAAAUAGAGAAUAAAUAAUUGAUUUUGUGGCAAAAUUUGAAUAUUUAUUUCAAAUAUACUUCGACAUUCUGAAAUAUUUAUUUACAUUGCAUGGAGCAAUAAACUGAAAAUGCACCUAAUAAACGUAGACAGUGUGUGAAUGUGGAAAAUAUCGCCUUAGGCAAUUCAAUGUGUUUAUAUUUUCUAAGCAAUAAAAAAGCCCAAUCAACGCGCUAUUAGUGGAUACCAACUAUUUUAAAGCGGAUAUCACUCAACUUGUGCGCCAACGAAUUAAAGAAUUAUUUAAAAACGAAUUAAUAUCCUUACAAUGUACGAAAUAUUUCUGCUAGUCACUCGCUGAAGAUACAACUUUCACUACUUGCACCAUCAAGGCUGUGCUUUCCUAGUGGCAAAGUGAUUUCUUCCGGCACACACGGUUCAUGUAUUUAAGCCCUAACAACUAAAUUUGUGCGAAUUCGUUUAUGGUUAAAAACACAUGAACCCAUAAAUUCUUUUCAAUCUUGCGCUCCUUGUGGCUGUGGCUGAAGUGCUAUUAGUGUACGUGUAGUUACGGUUGGCUGUGUGCGUGGUCGAAUUGCUACAGCUUUUGCUGCAUUUCCGUGGCAUAUAAUUGUGCUGAUUCAAUUGCAUCCAUGGAUGCCCAAUGCAAUUUGAUUCCAAAAUUUAAAAUCAAAAUCAACGUAAUGGGCUGCUUGUCUGCGAAACAUAAGACCCUUAAUGCAGCUACAACUUUGCGAGCAGCUUUGCUGAUUCAGCGUUGGUAUCGACGCUACAGGGCGCGCAUGGAGGUGCGUCGUCGCUACACAUGGAAUAUAUUUACUAAUCUGGAAUAUGCCGGUGAAAAUGAUCAAGUUGAGUUAUACAACUUCUUCAAUGCACUACUUACACACAUUCCCGAAGCUGCUGCUGCCCAGCGCCCAUCAAUACAAAAGGACCCGGAGAUCUCAUUAGCUUCAGAUGUUUAUUUCGAUGAGUCAGAUUUCAGUGAGGAUGGCCAAUAUCGGUCGGAUAAAAAUUACGAGGGACCACAUUUGAAAUUUCCCUUAACGAAGAAGGAUGUAGUAACACUAAUUGAUUUGUUUCGCAAGAAAAAGUCGGAGCGUCUACUAGCCAGAUAUGUGGGCAGUAUUCUAAAAGAGGCUGCAUUUAAAUUAAAACGACUUCCAAAUCUUAAUCAAGCAUCAACGGCGAUAUCCAAACAGGUUACCAUAAUUGGAGAUUUGCAUGGCAAACUUGAUGAUCUCUUGGUGAUUUUCUAUAAGAAUGGUCUUCCUUCAGUCGAAAAUCCUUAUGUCUUCAAUGGUGAUUUCGUCGAUCGAGGUAAAAAAGGGCUUGAGGUCUUCCUACUCCUGCUCUCCUGCUUCCUUGCCUUUCCUGGUGCGGUGCAUUUGAAUCGCGGCAAUCAUGAGGAUUCAGUAAUGAAUGCGCGUUACGGUUUCAUACGCGAGGUGCAACAAAAGUAUCGUCGCAAUUCUGAGAAAUUGAUGAUAAUGAUUGAUGAGGUUUACCGUUGGUUACCGCUGGGAACUAUCCUCAACAAUCGAGUGCUGAUUGUGCAUGGCGGCAUAUCAGACACUACGGAUUUGGAUAUGAUAAAAAGUAUCGACCGUGGCAAGUAUGUCUCUAUUUUGCGACCACCCAUCGAGAUGGCGGGCGAGGAUGGCGUCGAUAAGACCGAAUGGAAACAGGUUUUCGAUAUAAUGUGGAGUGACCCCCAGAUGACCGACGGUUGCCAGCCAAAUGCAUUGCGUGGUGCUGGCACGUAUUUCGGACCCGAUGUAACAAAAACUUUCCUCACAAAAUACAAGCUACAAUUCCUGGUGCGAUCGCACGAAUGCAAACCGGAUGGAUAUGAAUUCGCACACAAUGGACAGCUCGUCACAAUUUUCUCCGCAUCCAACUAUUAUGCAGUCGGCUCAAAUAAAGGUGCUUAUUUAAAGGUCGGCCCACAAUUGGACACACAAUUCGUGCAGUAUGUGUCGGCGGCGUCAAAGACGGACAAACUAUCGUUCCGGCAACGUAUCAGCAUUAUCGAAAGCUCAGCGUUACGUGAAUUAGGAGGCAGAUUGCACACCCGACGUGAACUACUCGAGAAGGAGUUUUCGAAACUCGACCCUAAGAAUACCGGCGUCAUAACGGUCAGCCAGUGGUCGGAUGCAAUGGAGCGAGUGACGCAGAUGUCUUUGCCAUGGCGUUUGAUGCGUGAUAGAUUGUCACCACAACUUCCAGAAAGCGAUCCAAAUCUCGUUAAUUAUUUCACUACUUUGGAGCUGCUCGACACAGAUGUUAUUAUUGAAGAAGCGGAAUCCUCACCUAGUGUUACCGAUGCCCUAUACAAAAAUAAGUCCAGCUUAAUAGCAAUAUUUCACAUACUGGACAAGGAUCAUUCGGGGCAGAUAUCAUUAGAUGAGUUUGGUGAUGCCGUAGAUUUGCUACGAAAAUAUAUGCCUACAGCUGGCACCAAGAAGGAAUUGAUGCAUAUGUGUGAAAUGAUGGAUAUCAAUAAAGAUGGCUUUGUGGAUCUCAAUGAGUUUCUGGAGGCGUUUCGUCUUAGCGAUCAAGCGCGCAAGGAUGCGCAACCUACAAAACCAAAGGGGCGCACUCACAGUUCAUUGCGUGUUGCUGAACUUGCAGAAACUUUGACGCUUCAUAAGAUUGAAGACACCGAAGUCGAUAUCGAUCCUAGGGAUCAUGUGUCAACCACACACCCUGACAAAAAAUAAGCCACACUAGGCGACUACUAAUACUUUCACAUUCAUAAAGAGUUUUCGUUUUUUAAAUUAACUAACCGUAGUUUAACAGCAAUAGUUGUAAAAAUAAAAUUAAUUGAAAUUCCUUAAAAGAAGAAGUAAUAUGAAAUAUACAUAAUUAUAUAAUAUUGAUAUAUUUUAAUACAUAAAAUAUUUGAUUUAGCUAAGCAACAGCCAAAAAAUUGGUUAUGCGUCGCUGGUUCUAUGCAAUCACAAAAUAACUCAAAAUUUCAUGUAUUUCAAUUAAAUAGCAAAUUAAGUUGAUAAAUAUCUAUAAUUUUCUGUGAAGCAUCGAAAUAUGUUUAUUUGUUACCAAUACGACGUGGUGGCAAUUUUUCUAAAACAAAAAUAUUUACUAUUGCUAAAUUAUGAAACGCCAAAACUUGAAUUGGCUCCACCAAAAAUUAUUAAAAUUCGAGUUGUGCCGUUAUUGCACAGAACCAUCGAAAUAUUGAGCGCUUGAUGCGAUAUUUGAUCUUCUUUAGUUACUAAACUUGUAUAUUUUAGAAUUUUUAAUUAAUAUAUAUUUUAAGGAAAGCUGCUUGCUUCAUGUAAUAGAUUCUUACUCCGUCCAACUGCUAUAUACAUAUAAGUACUCUGUAUAACUCAUUUGUUAGCUAAGGAAUUGUUUUAAAAUAUAACCAAUUUAUUAAUGAAUAAAAUAUGUAUAUCGUUUAUUUCGUUUUUUUAUAAUAGC